CUUGGAAAGGCUGGGAACUUAAAUUCUCUUCAUUGGACAAUUUCCAUCCUUACUUCUACUAGACAUUUUGUUUGAUAUUCGUAAUGAUGUGAAUGUGCGAAGAAGGUUGGGAAGAAAAUUGUGAAAACGAUAAAUUAAGAUGAUAGCCAAAAGACAAGCUCACUGAGGCAUGGAGGAGGGAGCAGAAGGCUCACCAGAAGUGGGAGAUGAAUUGUUGGCUCUGAUCCGACACAAAGACAGCACAACUUUCUCUGGAUCCAUAGUUAUACCUUGCAUUGCAAGGAAGUAACCCAGGAAGGAAAUGACUGGGAUGUGGAAAUGGCAUUUCUCUGACUUGCAGUAGACUUUGUCUUUGAGGACACACUGAAGAUCUGAAUGCAUGUGACAGACAUGGUCUUGGAGAAGGUGAAGAUGUCAACAAGGGUGUAAAUGUCAACUACCAAGAAGCAGAGUAGGAAAUGCUCAACUGAAGAACAGACUAAUGGAAGUCCACCGAAGAGAAAGAGGAAUCUUCUGCUUACUUGCACAUCUGCACACUCUGCGAGUUCUGGCUCCACAUAUAGGAUAAUGAGGAAGCCAGUAUCAUGCCGGAUGAACACCGGUCAUUUCUCAGCUUGGGGUGUAGAAGAUGGUCACAUUUUAUACUACAUGCAGAAGACUAGUGACAGUCCAUCGGGGGGUUCUGCAAUUACUUCAACACCCUGGCAAAGAGCAUCCAAGUCACCACAAAGCCACCAGAACUCCAGCAAAAACUGUGCUAAGCAAAAAAAUAAAAACAUCAUUUCCUCAAAUAAGAUGAUCCAGACCAAGAAAAAGCCCAAGCCCUGUUCAAGAUGGACAACAGCUGAUUCAAAGAACCCAAAGGAAAUGUUUUACUUCCAUUUUAGUAAGAGGCUCAUUAACAUGCCUGAAGUCCGUUUCCCCGGAGGACCUGAUGACUGUGAUGGGAAUAAUGACCCCAAUUCAUUGGACACGUGGACUUGUGACACAUGUUUGUUGCUGAACAAAGAUCCAGCGAUAAGGUGUCGGGGCUGUGAAACACUGAAAUACGGAAUUGGACUGAAGAGACAGUGGAUUCCAGCAAAUGACAUGAGCACUGACCCAGGCUGUAAAAAGAUUCAGAUGGAUGAAUUAAGUACUGACACAUGUACAGUAGCUGGACCUCAGAUCACUGAUGGAGCCGAAGAUCCUACACCCUGUAAUUCUCUCAUGACUGAUGACAUUUGCCCUCAUCCACAAGUGGCCUAUUCAGACAAUACCUCUGAUGUUAAUACAGAAGAGCAAAAGACAAUGGAAACUCUUCCAGCCAGGGCUAUUCUCCCCCCCGCUCAAAUAAAUCAUGGUGGUUGUUUGCCAUUUGCAUUCACUGGAACUGGAAAGAACAAUCUGUCUGAGGUUACAUCAUCUCCUCCAAAGCCAACACAACAGGCUGUCCCAUCAGGCAGUGGGGAACAACAAAAAUGUGAAAAAGGAGAAGGCAAGUCUUUAUAUCAAGAUGAAUCCAAAAGAAAUGGACUCUUCAGCUUCCAGGCUUCACUGACCUGCAUAACUUUUCCAUAUGUUUUUGGCUCUCCUCCGAUCUACACAACAUGCAGUUCUGCAGUACCACUUACGCUUAAUGUCACUGCAUUAACCAGGACCAGCCUGUCCUCUGUGAUAGUACCCAGCCCUCCAUUUCAGACCCUGCCAUUUCUUCCCAGAAGUUCUAAUGAAAUGAGCACCAGCAACCGUAGUUCUGUGAUGUCUAACUCCUGUAACACCUUCCCUUCCAGCUUUAGACAGACAAGCUCAGAGCUCUUCCCAGAUAACACUGAAGGGGCGAAUUCUGGAAUCACUGUGAAUCCACUGUUUCCAUCUACUGGCCCUGGUUUCCCGUUUUCUGGCAGUUUGGUUCCAAAUUGUAAUUUUGGUUGUUCAGCCAAUAACGCCGUCUUUCGAUUUGAAGCAAAUAGCACCAAUCAAUCAAUUUCCCGUGAUGUCGUCACUGAGGCACCAACAAUGCUGAACUCACUUCAAGCAAGAGGGAUCUCCCAUCGAAAGUUCAUAGUUGCUGCUCGUAAACGAAGACCGUACAGGAACAGUGGCCCAUCUAUAGGUGGCGGGCCGAUCAAGUUCCAGGACAACAUCCAGCACUCGGGACCCAGAAAUCCAGAGACAUCCGCAGUAUAUAAAAGCAACUACCGCUGCAACACUCAUAAAAAUCUAUCAAUCCCACUGAUGAAACUUGCACUGAUGAAGCUGAUAAUCUGCCAGAUACAGAUUUUAUGCAAAGGAAUUCCUUCCUGGCAUGAUAAAACAUAGGAGCAGAAUUAGGCUAUUCAGUCCAUCGAGUCUGCUCCACCAUUCCAUCGUAGCUAAUUUAUUAUCCUAAUCUGAUGACAUGCAAUCCUAAUCUGAUGAAAAACAGAUGUGAGAGCACAGAGGAACAUCUGAAAAUCUCCAGGAAGACCUUCUUUGUUGCUGCUGCUGCUGUGAGGUCCGGGACUCUGCUGAGAAGAACAGGCCCCCAGUCCUCGGGGUCGCGUUGCCGAUGGCCAUUGGCAGGCCGUCUUAAUACGCUCGGCAGAGGACAGUGCUCGGAGAAGUUGUGCCGAAGGGGAUGGACAGAGGCUCGGAAGUUUGACAAGCUCGGAGUCCACUGCGGUCGGGGCGCUUUCAUUGUGUACUGCAUCUGCAAGGCUGAGUCCAGCACCGUGGAAGUUCAUAGCGGAGUAUUCUCUUCUGCCGACUGCGUGGGAUGACGAGUCUAUCGGGACCCUAGGGACUUGUGGAAACUGUGUGGUGCUUUCUUUCGAACUUAUAGUCUUUUAACAUUUUUGGAUUAUUUUUACUGUGCCCAUGGUCUGUGUUUUUUUUUAAUCAAUUAUGCUGUUGUUUGCACAAUUGUAACUAUGUGGUUUUGUGCAGGUCUUGUAGCUUUAGUUUUUGGUCUUGUUUUGUCUGGUGGAUUUGGUGCUCCUUUCCGCGGAACGCACUAAGACAGUAGUGCGAUAUUAAUACGCAGCAGCCUCUCUGGACUCUGGAUUGGGGAUUGCCAAACGUUAUGUGGAUUUUCUGGUGUAGUCUGUUUUGUCGUGUGCUUUUGUGAUAUCAUUCUGGAGGAAUGUUGUCUCAUUUUUUAACUGUAUUGCAUUUGUGGUUCCUAAAUGACAAUAAACUGAAUCUGAAUCCCUCUCAACCCUGUUCUCCUGCCUUUUCCCCAUAACCCUUGAUGCCCUUAUUAAUCAAGAAUCAUCUCUAAAUGUUCUGUUUCAGGUUUAAAAUUGUUUCCCUUCAGAUUUCUUAAUACUUAUUUUCCAGCUGUUCACAAAAUUUCACUAAGUUAUACAUAUAUAUAUAUAUAUAUAUAUCUAAAUUUCUCUUCAUCAUUUUGCAUAAUGUAUCAAGAAUUUUGAUUUAUUUUCUUGAAAAUGGAAGACAUUUUACCAUAUUGAAUAUCUAACCUUUCUGACAACGGUUAUUUGACUAACAGAUAUAUAAUUUCCUUCUGCCAAUUUGUGUGUGUAAAAUGAGGGAAGAGAUUAGCAUUUUCACCAUUUAAAUGUCAGGAACGGGGACAGGAUUGGACCCAAAUGCAGGACUCAGACACUGAAGUACUAGGGACAGGACAGGAUGGGGAUGCCAUGGCAUGCAAAGGGUAAGACAGGCAGGGCUGGAUCCCGGAGGUCAGGCGAGGCAGGAGGAUUCCAGAGUUCAUGGCAUACAGGAGGAUCCCAGAGUUCGUGGCACACAGGAGGAUCCCAGAGUUCGUGGCACACAGGAGGAUCCCACAUGGUGGGCCGCAUGGAUCCUGGGCAGGGUUGCCUCCCAGGUGGAAACACGGAGGCCUGGGCAAGGCGCGGACACCUGGGCAGGUGUGGGGCACAACCCAUGGGAAACGAGGGGAGGAAAGGGUCGGAGUCCCUAGGGCGGGCCGCAUAGAUCUUGGGCAGGGCUGCCUCCCAGGCGGAAAACAUGGAGGCCUGGGCAAGGCGCGGACACCUGGGCAGGUGUGGGGCACAACCCAUGGGAAACGAGGGGAGGAAAGGGUCGGAGUCCCUAGGGCGGGCCGCAUAGAUCUUGGGCAGGGCUGCCUCCCAGGCGGAAAACAUGGAGGCCUGGGCAAGUCCCGGACACCUGGGCAGGUGCGGGGCACAACCCUUAGGGAGCAAUAGGUGGAAAGGGCAGAACCCCCGCUGGGCAGCAGCAGUCCAGCCAGACCUGCCCGACAGAGGCAACAGGUAGGAAGGGGUAGAACCCUCGCCAGACAGCGGCAGUCCGGCCAGACCUGCCCGACAGAGGCAACGGGUAGGUAGGGGCAGAACCCCCGCUGGGCAGCAGCAGUCCCACCGGACCUGCCCGACAGAGGCAAUGGGUAGUAGGGGCAGAACCCCCGCCGGGCAGCAGCUGUCUGGCCGGACCUGCCCGACGGAGGCAACGGGUAGUAGGGGCAGAACCCCCACUGGGCAGCAGCAGUCCGGCAACCAGGGUAGAACCGGAUCCAGAGCGGGUGAAACAGGUACAGACAGGAUUCAGAACCAGCAGUCCGGCAACCAGGGUAGAACUGGAUCCGGAGCAGGCAAAACAGGUACAGACAGGAUUCAGAACCGGCAGUCCUGGUACAGAGCGGGUUAAACCAGCUUCAGAGCAGGACGACCCCACAACUAGGCUCAGUCCCCGAGCCCCUUAUAAACACCUGCUCCCUAAUAGGCAACAGGUGUACCUCCUUAAGCCAAGAUGAUCCAAUGGCUCCGUGUGACAGGAGGGCUGGCUGCAAGGCCCGGAGUCCGGAGUCCGCGGACCAGAGCAAGACCCAGAAGGCGGGCUCCGGACCGGACCCCAACACUAAAUGUCAAUUCUUAAAUCAACCACUUUCUAACUACUUUGUCAGUAAUGUUGCCAUGAAAUUAAAUUUGCUUAAUAAUCUCAAUCAUUUCUGUUCCUCGCAUGGGUGUGCCUGCCCAAGUCCCAGGACAGUUAAUUCAGUGACAACCAUCCUCUAGAAGCUUUGAAGAUU